UGAGUACCCCGACCAAACUUUCUGUGCACAUAACACACGUUGCCGACAUCGACGAACGUCAAGCAGUCAAGAUGUCUGAGGGAAAGGACAAGAGCCAGAAUCCUAUGCGCGAGCUGCGCGUCCAGAAGCUCGUUCUCAACAUCUCAGUGGGCGAGUCUGGUGACAGGCUUACCCGUGCCGCAAAGGUGCUUGAACAGCUUUCUGGUCAAACCCCAGUGUACUCCAAGGCUCGCUACACCGUCCGUACCUUUGGUAUCCGCCGUAACGAAAAGAUCGCCGUCCACGUCACCGUGCGUGGUGAGAAGGCCAUCGAGAUUCUUGAGCGUGGCCUCAAGGUCAAGGAGUACGAGCUCCGCAACCGCAACUUCUCUGAGACGGGCAACUUCGGCUUCGGUAUCUCCGAACACAUCGAUCUGGGCAUCAAGUACGAUCCUUCCAUUGGUAUCUACGGCAUGGACUUCUACUGCUGCAUGACCCGUCUGGGCGAGCGUGUUGCCAAGCGGAGACGCGGCAAGUCGCGCAUUGGUGCUUCGCACAGAAUCACCAAGCAGGAGACGAUCAAGUGGUACAAGCAACGCUUCGAGGGUAUCGUCAGGUAAAUGUCACGCUAGUGUACACAGUAGAGGAGUGAGAUUUCCAUUUGCAUGGUAUGAAAUGGUCAUGUACUACGAUCAUCAGGUCAGGAGUUCACUGGGCUAGCGGACAAAGUCGCCUUGUCAGCUUUUUCGAAAUGCAUACUUUCCAAAUGAAAAGCACGACUGGCCUCUCUCCUAUGGGGUGGGGCAUCGUUGCAAGUAAGCAAGCUAGCAAUGAAAAAAAGCGCUGCCACUUUUUUACCAAA